GAUGACGAGGGAGAGGGACCAAAUAGGUCAAAUGUGAGAUAGGGACAUCUAGCAAGGGGAGAAGAGCCAUUGCUACCUCUUAUCAACUAUGCAGAUUCAACUGUGCAAAUCAAAUCGCGGGCAUGGCUUUGAUAUUGGCAAAACCCUAUUGCUACUCCAAGACUCAUACCACAGACCUAACAAAGCCAAUUGACUUUUACUACGAACCUAGGUCCUAACCUCACUCCUGCUCUACUCGAGUAUAGUACAAGUAAUAGUACGAGUACUCGUUAGUCCUCAGCUCGGAAGAUAAUACUCAUCCCAUACUCGGGGUUUUACCUUGUAUACAAACCACCCCUGCUGGUUUCUCCUUUUAUAUUUUGCCUGUAUAUUGCUACCUGAGGGUGUUUUUUUAUUGGGGGGUUAUUUCUUGCGCCUUCCUGCCGUAUAAUUGUUGGUCUGUUCUAUUUAGUUUGUACCUUUUUUGCACAGACCUUCUGAGCUACUAGAGAUGUCUGUCAUUUCGCCUUGAAAUGCUCUUGUCGUGAGUCUCUUCAUCUCACCACAAAUAUCUUCCAUCUAAAACAAAUUUCAUCUCGAUCGACUCUUUUUCUCGCAACAGGGGAAACACCAAAUCGCGUACCGACUUACACUUUAUUGACAUGCGAUAUACUACAAUCAUCCAUCAUCAUGUCUCGCGCACCACGAACUCCUUCUCCCCAGCCCCAGAGCCCGUCUGACAUCCCGACCCAGACACCCCGAUUUCGUGCCUUCUAUCUUAGCACCUUGAAUAGAAUACUUAGCCAUGGAAAUCUGGAGCCAGUGUCACCCACCAGUCGUUCCAUACUAAAGCACUACUUCAAGGGGCUACUGACGCCCAGCUCCAACAAUCAGUUUAGAGAGCCAUCCCCAUUCUACUUGCCCACCUCCGACUCUGAAAGCAAUUCUACUUGCCGGAGGCGUCUCAAACAGCAGCAGCAGCAGAAGAUAACGCCUACCAACCUACAUAGUAUUACGCCACUUCUCCGUCCUUUAGCACCAGCAUCACCUUGUCCUCGGCGCAGUCGAAAACAACAGUCUCGUCCAAAACCGACCUCCGACCACACAGCUAAGGAAAUCUUAAAGAAGGAUGCAGCCCGAAAGUCCUUAGCAAGGCAAUUCUAUAAUCUGAAGUAUAGAGGCUCUAUCCCUACUACUACUCCUCGUAGGCGCAAUAGCCCUAGGGGCGCUCAGCUCUUGCGCAGGACAACCUCUUCGAAAAGACGUACAAAAAGACAUCCUUCAGCCUCCAAAGCCGAUAGGGGGGGUACCGGUCAUCCAGUUCCUAGUCACAGACAAGUUGACACCAUAUAUGCUCGUCACCUACAAGCUUAUCAUCGAGUCCACCUGCGCUACGGCGCUAAAUAGGGAGCGCCCUUCCUUUACCUACGCAACCUCUACAGAAGUGCACGACUUGGAUCUUUCGAACUUGGAGACAAACAAUUGGUGUCCUUAUAAUGGC